AUGCCUCAACCAAGCAAUGUUGAGGGCUUUCGCCACUACCUCCCUGAUCUAAACCAACCGAGGUUCCAGGACAUGAAGAAGCAAGAUGCUUACGAGUACGCCGAGAAUUUCAAGAAGGGCGGAAAUCCCCCCUGGCUACACGGUUUGUAUCUACACUGGCGCAAGCUAUUCAAUGAGCCUUAUCAAGGCGUCACCUCCGAUGGCGCCGUAAGAGAUGGUCUGUUUGAGUUACAGCACGAGGACAUCCCCAUCGAAUCCAUAGUAGAGGCUGCGAAUAGUCUUUGCAACAGCCUGAGCCAAGGACAAAAAGACAAGACCUUCUAUCACAUCGACAGUCCAGAAUGGCGUUCAUGGUCCAACCCCGAGUUCCUGCUUAGUGAUAAAGGCAUUCGUCUCGAUGAGGUCACAAACGAUUUGAGGGCGAAAGUCCUUAAAGUGUUGGAGCUUACCCUCUCUCCCGAAGGGUACGAAAAAGCAAUCGGUGCUAUGCGGGUAAACCAUUUCUUAGGGGAACUCGUGGAGUCGCCUUCCAUCAUGAACGAAUUCUCAUACAAUUUCGCGCUUUUUGGGGAUCCUUCUACGACUAGUCCUUGGGGCUUUUCGUUCUAUGGCCAUCACCUAUGCCUGAACAUCUUCCUAUACAAAUCCCAAAUUGUGGUUUCGCCAUGGUUUACAGGCGCUGAGCCAAACUUGAUCGAUGACGGGCCGUACAAAGGCACACGAAUUCUCCAUCGGGAGGAAGACCUGGGCCUGCGACUUAUGCAAAGUCUAUCGCCUGACCAGCAGAAAACAGCUCAAUUAUAUAAGCUUAUGAAAGAUCCUGCCAUGCCAUAUGCCCGAUGGAACCACGAUGACCAGCGACAUCUGUGUGGUGCCUAUCGCGACAACAGAAUUGUCCCAUAUGAAGGUAUCCUUGUAUCAGAAAUGACGACUGAGCAACAGCAAUACGUCCUGGAUAUUGCAAACGAAUUCCUUCUUUAUCUACCCGCCACAGCGAGGCAGAUACGUCUGGAGCAGCUUAAGAAGUGGUUUCAUGAAACAUAUUUCUGUUGGAUCGGCGGCUACAGCGAUGAUGAUCCAUUUUACUACGGGGGUCGGUGGUCCAGCGGUUAG